UAACUUCGAAGAGAGUAACGUAUACACCAAUGAAUUUUUCGGCAAAUAUUGUUGGCAUUGGGUUCGCUUCAUUGCCGAUAUCUUCGCAAUAUGGACGGGACCACGUUGGACUCUGGACAAGUUCUUUCAGGAGGUUAACGGGGCAUCAGCCUAUAUCAGGUUAACCCUUGAUGUUAAAACUGACGGUAUUUCCUUUUUGGAUACUUUGAUAAUUUUGAGGGAUGGGGUACUGCGGUCAGAUCUUUACGUUAAACCGACUGAUAAAAAUACUAUGCUUGCCGAUUGUGAGCCUGAAACGUCGCUGCUGUUUGUUUGUCCUGAAAUAAGCCCUUUUGGAAUAAAGGCCUUUUAAGAAUUUAGCUCACGUGUGGUGCUGUCUGUUCAUCGAAUUUGUUUUCAGUUUCUUAUAACCCAAUAUUUUCCUUGUUGCACAUGUAAAGACAAUAAGGGGUUAAUGAAAUGCUUGUUGAGUGUCUAGCUCCUCCCCACGCCUCUAGACACGCCUCCUGCCUUUAUGCCUGAGGGAUCCAGAAAAACAAGUUUCGUUUCUCUCUGAGGCAGAAAACUUUCCAUUUCUCUCCUGGUUCCCGUUGGUCACGAUGGCGAGUGCCGGUGUUAGAGUCGAGGUGACGUGCACCAUCUGCCUGAGCAUUUACACUGAGCCCGUAACUCUGCCGUGUGGCCACAACUUCUGCCAGGGCUGCAUUAACAAAACCUGGGACUGGCAGGAAGGUGUGGAGGAAAAGCCCCCCUGCCCCGAAUGUAGAGAGAGAUUCAGGAGACGUCCGGAACUAAUAAAGAACUUGCGGCUGCGGAACAUCGCAGAACAUUUUCUUCCUGAGCAGCCAAAGCAAGAAAAUACAGACAUCUACUGCACCUACUGUGAUUCCUCUGUGCCCGCUGCCAAGUACUGUGCCCUGUGCAAGGCGUGUCUGUGCCAGAGUCAUGUGCAACUACACAGCAGAGCCCACGUCUUAACGGAACCCCCAGUCUCCCCAGCAAAGCACAAAUGCUCCGUACAUGACAAACUGCUGGAGUUCCACUGCCUUGAGGAUGACGCCUGUAUCUGUGCCUCCUGCUGUUUGGUUGGGGUGCACCAGGGCCACAGGGUGGAGUCGCUGAGCGAGGCCUCCGAGAAGCAGAAAGAGAAACUUAAACGUGUUCUGGAAUAUCUGAUCCCAAACAAAGAGGAUACCGAGAAGGGUCUUGUGAAGCUUAAAGGCCGCAGGGACCAAGUCAAGAAGAAAGCGGCUGCAGAGCGUGAGAAAGUCACUGACCUAUUCAGGUGCAUCCGGGAAUGGCUGGAAGCCCUAGAGAAUCAAAUCCUGGAGGAGAUCUCCAGACAAGAAGAGCAAUAUUCCCUUCCAUACUCCGAUCUUAUCCAGGAACUGGAAAUACAGAAGGAGCAGCUCUCCCAGAAGAUCCACGACAUUGUGGAGCUGUGCAACACGGCCGAUCCAUUGACUGUCCUUCAGGGGUCAGAGAAGGCAGAGGAUCUUGAUUAUGUGGAGAAGAGUUUUGUGCAGAGACCUCCUCCAGUGCCGGAUUUGGACAAGUAUCUGCUCAAAGAGACGUUAGACACAGGGUUGUGUGAUAUUGUGAGGGGGGCAACACAAAUGUGGGAUUACGGGCAGAAGGUGACUGACCUGGAAAUGGACAUAAACACUGCCGGCCCUUAUGUGACUUUAUCAGACGACGGGAAAUCUGCCAACGACUGGAAUUGUGACCAGGAACAUCCCGAAACCCCCGAGAGAUUUGAGCAGAAUCAGGUUCUGAGCACCAGGGGCUUCUCGUCGGGGCGCCAUUACUGGGACGUGGAGGGCAGCGAUUUUGGUAGAUGGUGUGUAGGAGUGGCCUAUCCCAGCUUGGAGAAGGAAGGAGUUAGGUCACUUAUUGGGUUUAAUGAGAAGUCCUGGGGUUUGUACCAGAUGGAUAGGAAUUUCUUUAUGAGUCUUUUACAAGGGUAUCAGUAUAAACUCUUACAUAACAACAAGGAAUAUGAAUUGCCUGGUAUUUCAUCCUGCAGGAGAAUCAGGAUCUCGCUGGACUACAAGGCCGGACGCCUGUCCUUCUAUGAGCUGAGUGACCCCAUUAAGCACCUGUUCUCCUUCACUGCCACCUUCACUGAGCCCCUCUGUGCCGCAUUCUGGCUUGAGUCUGGUUGGGUGAAAAUCAUUAGCUGAGGUUUUGCCCCUCCCACACAUGAUCUGUAGAGAGGGAUCCAUUGUACUGCCUGGAGCUAUAUCCCCCAGACAAACAAGGAUCCAUAGUGCCCGGGGGCAUUUCAGCAGGAAUAGAUAUCUAAACCUCAUACUGGGGCAUAUAGACCUUGCAUAUAAGGUUUAUUAUACUUAAAGAGGCUGUUCACUUUUAUAUUAAACGUUUAGUGUGGUGUAGAGAGGGAUAUUCUGAGACAAUUUGCAUUGAUUCGAAUAAGAGACUGGAAUAUGAAUAGGAGAGGCCUGAAUAGAAAGAUGAGGAAUAAAA